UUAUAUUCUGCAAUUUUUACUUAAAAAAGUGUUCAAUUGGUGUUUUAAAAGAAGAAAUUUGUAACAAAAGUGUUUAUUCGAAAUCAUUAUGUCCCAAGUCGGAGAACGGGAUAAUUUAAUGAUAUUUAUAAAAAAAACGUUAUAGAUAAACGUAACGCUUUUUCAUGGUAAACAGGACGCAGAUAAGAAAUCAAAAUGACAGACGUUACCGAUAUUUUCUAUGAAUCGGUGUACACAAAAAUGCUAGAAGCUCGUGAAAAACAUGCCAGCAUACAAAAGAAAGACUAUUCUCAUGUUUUUCGUAAGAAAUCGUUCAUAGAUAUCUUGAGACUUUCAGCUUUGGCCAUAGGAAUUGGUUUUGUGUAUGCAGCCGAAACAGCUUUUGUGUCACCAACUUUACUUAAAAUUGGAGUUGAUCACGCAACUAUGACAAUGGUUUGGGGUCUAUCUCCGGUCUUGGGCUUACUUCUUGGACCAUUUAUAGGCUCCCUAAGUGAUCGAUGCAAUCUAAAUCUCGGUCGAAGAAGACCAAUUAUAUUGCUGUUAGCUUUGGGAAUUGCAUUUGGUUUUAUAUUUUUGCCUUUUGGAAGAAAUAUCGGAGAGUUCUUUGGUGAUGACGUCAUCAAUAUGACUGCGAUGAUGGAAAGCAAUAGCACAAAUACCUCGAUAAUUACAACAUUGCCAGCAAAUGAUAAGCCAAAUUUAAAAAUAGCAAUAAUCUUAACUGUCUUGGGAACUAUGAUGAUGGACUUUUGUGCCGAAACUAGUCAAAGCCCGGCAAGAGCCUAUAUGCUUGAUGUUUGCAUUGCUGAAGACCAUAAUUUUGCGCUAAGUAGUUUCAGUGUAAUGGCUGGUCUAGGAAGUGCUGCAGGAUAUUGUAUCGGUGGAAUCAACUGGGAAUCAACUGCAAUAGGACAGCUUCUUGGAGGAAACAUUCAAGCUGCCUUUAUGAUCGAUGCAUUUUUCUUUCUGGUGGGUCUCUUAAUAACAGUUGCAAGCUUCAGAGAGAUUCCAUUGCCUCUUAUGGAAAGAGAUAAAAUGCUUCGACCACUGGUAACUACAGCAAUCAAAGAUGAAUUCCCAAAAAAACAACGCAUCAACAAUUCACUUUUAGAGGGCCAAUCUAUCGAAGUCAAUGGUGACAACAAACUGGAGAAGUUCAAAGAUCCUGAUUGCUUUGAAGCACCUUCCAAUCCAGAAGUCGAAACAGUGUCCUUGGCAAAGUACCUGAAAAGUAUUGUGGUUAUGCCAAAGUCAAUGUGGAUCUUGUGCCUGACGAACUUUCUCAGUUGGAUGGGACACAUUUGUUAUUGUGUAUACUUUACAGACUUUGUAGGCGAAGAAGUAUUUCAUGGCGAUCCAACUGCACCAGUUACAUCAGAAGAAUACAAACUCUAUGAGGAUGGAGUUCGAUAUGGAGGUUGGGGUAUGGCAAUCUACGCUCUAUCUUGUGCUUUAUAUUCCUUGAUUAUUGAAAAAUUGAUGGAUUGGUUCAAACCAAAGUGCAUCUACAUCUUUGGAUUAUUGCUGUAUGCAAUUGGAAUGUUCCUUUUAGCUUUUGUCCCAAGCAAGAUCGGAGUUUUGUUGCUCAGUAUUACAGCAGGAAUUUUCUAUGCUACAAUUUACACAAUUCCUUUUAUUCUCGUUGCCAAUUAUCAUGCAAGUGGUUGUUUUGAAAUCAGUAAUGGAAAGACUGUUCCAUUGAAACAACCUCGAGGACUUGGUACUGACAUGGCUAUUGUUAGUAGCAUGUUGUUUAUUGCUCAACUUUCAAUAUCAUUAGGACUUGGCUCUUUGGUGAGUUGGAUGGGAACAACUAGGGCAACCUAUUAUACAGCCAGCGGAUUUAGUGUAUGUGCAGCUAUAUCAGCAAUGUUUGUUUUGUAUAUUUAAAAAAAAAACUAAAAUAAUUUAAUUAUUUAUAAGAAAGAUACAAAGUUAAAAAUUACUAUGUAAUAAAUUAUAUUUAUAAUAUCAUAAAUUAUAAUAAACUGUCAAACAAGUAAUUUUAAAUAAUUAAGAAACAAUU